ACGUAACAGCAAACAGCAGUAUCAAUAUGGUCGUUGCUGAGAGUGCAGUUCGUGAGAAGAUGCCGACGCAUUAACUCCCCAAUUACUUCUCUCUUUCUCUUCAUCUAUCUAUCAAACAAUAUUUCUCCUUUAACAUGAGGAGCUAUUUCAUAACAACAAGGCCGAUAUGAUGGAGACCACCCUAAGCACGACCAAAAAUACUGCGUUGGAUACCUCACAAAAAGCUCAAACAAAUUCUACCAUUAACGAUAGAGCAGAAAGCAAUAUGGAAAAAGAUAUAAAAUCUUUAACAGCAGAUUUAUUUCCAUGGGUUUGCGAGUUUCAGCAAAAAUUCAAAGUAAUAUAUCGAGACUUCAGUAUGCAUAAGCUAACCGAACUUAUGCAAUAUUAUACAAGAAAUAUAAGCGUCAGUGCAAGAGAGUGUUACUCAAGACCUUCAAGGGCAGCAUGCUUGAAAGAAUCAAUUAGUGAUACCUUAACUGUAUUCUUAAAUAUCUACCGUAUGCUUUCAGAGAAUCACGAUAGAUGUAUUUAUCUUAAUUAUAUGUCAGACUUACUGGCGAUAUAUAUAAACAUAGAAUUAAAAGCAUCAAAAAGGACUAAGGAAGACCAGGGUAAAAUUUGUGCUAGGCUUAUUUCAUGUCUAUACGUUUAUCUGGAACAUUCCACAGAACAUUUGCUGGAUACUCUGUUGAAGGUGCAAUUUAUGUAUCGUUGUUACCAUGGCAUUUUAAAUCCAGUAAUAAAGAAGAUUAUCAAAAAUAUUCCCUUUCAUCCAGAAUCAAACAUCAUGUACGUGCGUUACUUACUUGUGUAUCGCCUAUGGAGGAAAAUAAAUAGUAACACGCCAAUAAAAAAUGAAAUCACUUCAAUUGCGGUUACUUCUCUUGGGCCCCCACCUACAUUUCCACAUUUAUUGGAUGAUGUAUUACCAAAAGUGCCAAAGUCUCAACCAAACCCCGCUAAAUUACUUUUACACGAUAAAUUUGACACAAGAAGGACUUGCGAAGUCUUUGUACAAUUUUCUAAAGAAAGUAAUAAAAGUGUAUAUACAGAAUACAGAGAGGAUGUAAGAGACACUACGAGUUCAUCCAGUAUAUGUGAUAUAGAAAAGGACGUUAAUCUGACUUCUAAAAACGUAGAUAAUUUUGAUAAUAACGUCAAUUCUAAUUUAUCUGAUAACAGUACGUGUAAUAACUUUAUUUCUUCGCAUCAUUCUGAUAAAUCUGUAACUACGGCAAACGAGACUCGUUUGAAAAAUUUUUGUAAAAUUUCAGAUAAUAUUUCAGAUAAUGUUUCUACUAAUAUUAAUGUUCCCAAAUUAUUUACGAAAAUUAAAUCUUUUUCUCAAAAAAAGUCAAAAAAAUCUCGAAAAGUUAUACUUAUUGAUUUAACGGGUGAUGUAGAGCUUGAAAAAUGCCUGAUAAACAAGAGAAGAUCGAAGAAACCUGCGUGGUUGGAAGAAGCAAAAAAACAAAUAGGUUUGAAAUCAAUGAAAACAUCUAUGAAGAUUAAAAGUAGAAUACAGAAGAAAUUGGAUAAUACUAAUUCAUCGAAGUGUGAAACGGAAAGUGAUUACCAAUUGCAAAAUACAACAUUAAAGACUUCUAAAAUAACUUCCAAAGAUGAUGCAGUAGAUACUUUCAUGUGUGAUGUUAAAAACAGUGGUAACACGGAUUCGGAUAAUCCUAAUCUUAUUGUUUCAUCACUUCCAAAGUCAUUAACUAGUGAUAAAUUAUCAUCGUCGAUGAUUUAUACAACAAAUAUAAAUAAUGUCAAUGUUGAUACAACAACAACAACAAAAUCAUCUUCUGAUAACAAUGAACUUUCAUUGGAUGCACCUGUUGAAAUUGUAGAUGAUCCUACAAAUACUCGGAAAUAUAAUGAUAAUGAUGUUUUGGUAUUAAAGAAAGAUAACAUUGUAAACAAUAGACUUAAACCGGCUGUGAUUAAACGACUGAUAGAAAAAGAAAUUUCUAUAGAGAAUGAAAUAUGUGAAAAAAGCGAUGGUAAAAAGAAAAUCUGUGAUUUAAAACCACAACCUUCAAUUAUAGAAAGUAUCUCAAUAGAUUCUCAAUGUAACUCCAAAGACGAGAUAGAUAGCCUAAAUCUUAGUAAGACUGUAGAAAAAAAUAGCGCAUCUGAGAACGUAGUUGUCUAUUUUAAAAAUAAUCAAGAUGAGCACGGUGAUCAUAAUACGUUGGUUAAUGAAAAUGUAAAAUCUGCUUGUGUAAAAGAAGAACAAGAUCUGUCUACGAACUCUUAUUUUGAAAAAAAUAGCGAAAGCCGAAAUACAAGCGCUAUUGAAUUAGAAAAUAGUAAUACGAAUAAAAAUAUAGAAUCUGAGAGAUGUACAAUUUUAAAACUACCUAUUAAUAAUGCAUACGAUAAAAAAGAUAUUCUAAUAAAUAAUGAAAUCUUAGAUCAACAGCAAAUAUUUUGCGAAUCACAAAAUCAUUCUGAAGUUUUUUGUCCAGGAUAUUUAAAUAGUACAGUAAGUUUCAGCGUGAUGAACGGUGACGAUUCAGAUUUACAAGCUGAAGUUGAAAUUGAUAAUUGUAUCGAAGUUGAUGACUAUAUAGAUGUUGAUAAGAUGAUUGAUCCUGCGAAAAACAUCUAUGAUAUGAAAGAAAAUGUAAUUAAUAUUGCUAAGUAUACAGUAAUUAAUGAUAAUGAAAUUAAACGUACGUGCAAAGAAGACAUUGUAAAUAAUCAAUAUGUAAAUCAAUCUGUAGAAUAUGACAAACAAAUAUACAAUGAUAAAGAUUCUGCCCAAAAAGUUAUAGAAAAUCUAGAUAGGAGUAAGUCGCCUAGUUAUACAGUAUCACCGACUAUUUUUCAGAAAGAUGUACAACUAUUAAAACAUUCUCAUGACAGUAAUCUAAUCAAGAGUAAAAAUAAGGGCAUUUAUGAAAUUGAAGAAAUAAACAACGAUUCUAAAAUAUCUGAUAAGGAAUAUAUUCUGCAUUGUACUGAGUUAAAUACUGAAGAAAAUAUUGACGGUCUCUCCUUAUUAGCUAGUGUAUCGCAACAUGUGCCACACUUAAAAGAUAAAUCCGAGAUACAAUGUGAUCAAAUAAAAGUUAAAGAUUAUACAGUUUUAAAAAAUACAUUAUCCAAUCAAGUAAUUAACGACGAAACAGAUACCAAUGAUUCAUCUAAUACUAUAUCACAACUUUAUGAAAAUCCUACAUCUGAAUUAAUUAAACGGAUCAUUGGAGUUUAUCCAGAGGAUGGUGUUUAUUCGAAAAAAGUUGAACUUUGUGUUAAUUUGAUUUCUGCUAGCAAUGGAAAUGUGACAAACACUGAAAAUACAUCUUCUAUUAAUAACGUUCCUCGUAUUUUCCAAGGUUCUAUGAAUUAUGAAACAUCGGAUACAAUAUCAAAUGUUAUGGUUCCGCUUGAGAACAAUGCACAAUCAACUAAAGAAAAUACUAAUGUUAUACACAAUGGAGAAACGGUUGUAUUGCUGCAAAAAUCACCUAAUAGUAAUUUGUACAUUAUCAACAAAGCUGUUGAAAAUGCAAAAAAUCAUAAUGACAAUGAUAUGAAUAAAAUAACGGAAAAAUUUUGUGUUUCACCACUUUCAGAAAAUGGUUCGUCCUAUGAAAUUUCUAAUGCUUUGGAUCAUAAUUUCAUACAGGAAAAACAUUCUGUUGAUGAAAAAAAAAAUAUUAAAAUAGAACCUAAUGAAGACAACGCUACGUUAAACCUGGAAAAAGAAGAAUUAUACAUGAAGAAAACUUCGCUUAGAACAAAUAGAAUAUCUAAUCUUCAAGCAACUUUACAAGAUAUCGAUGUUGCAAACGUAACAACAAUUAACGAAAGCAACGAUAAUAAACAUAAAUCUUCAUCAAAAUCUGUCUCUGUCUCUGCUUGUAGACAAAAUAUUAAACAAGAAUUUACUACGCUUCCUCCCAAUCGAAUUCCAACUAAUUAUACUGUGCAAGGAUAUGCAGGAAUGCACUCACAUUCGCACGAAGCAAUUGAAUCUCAACAUUCAUUACAUAUUUCUGCAUCUCAUCCUACCACAUUACCACAGUCAAUAUGUAGCAAUUGUUCAGCUGCUACAGAUUUAUGUGUGCCAUAUCGCAAACACUGUAAGUCUGCCUCUUGUAGUUUGCAAAUAAAUACCACUGCAUCUUUGCACUCUCAUGUAAAUUCAAACAACACUUAUGGAAGAUCCCAUUGUUCUUGCUUGAAUUAUACGUAUGAUAUAGUUACGCAUUGUCGACAAUGUAUACACAGUGGUACAGAUUCUCACGUAUCGUGCAUUGAAAGUAACACAUGUUUUUUGCCUACGCAUUCGUCAGUACAAGCAUCCACCGUCCAGGAACAUGACAGGACGAAAAAUGAAACUGUUAUAGGAAAAUUGUAUGAUGAUAACAUUGUAUGUAAAGUCGAAAAAGAUCUUUUACAAGAUAAUACAUUAGAAACAAUUGAUAUGAAAUGCGACACGUCAAAAUUAAGUAAUACUAAUUUCUAUAAAAAAUUACCUCUUAAGAAAAGAUUAAAGACCAUGAUGUCAAUGCAUUACAAAGAAAAACAAAUAAAAACAGAAAAAUUAGAUAAUUAUCCUGGUAUACCUAUGAUGUCUAUAGCAGCCUUAGAACCACUUGAUACCAUACAGAAACAUCAGAAUCAAAUUGUAAAACCAGUAUUACCAUUAUCUCCUAACAGAAAAGAUGAUAUACAUGGUAAUUAUCAUUUUACUACUAAUUUAGUAAGACGAGAUUACUGUAAGGACAUUCACGAUACCACAACACACGAAUCUAACAUAACAGUAUGUCAAGAGUCUUGCCAUCAAAGAACAUUUAAAACACCUGCACAGCGUAAAGAAAUUGCUGCAUCCGAGAUAACAGCGAUGAAACGAUUUACAUCAGAAACUAUGGCGACAGAUGUACGUCGUAAAAAAGCAAAAGAAAUGCAAUCACCAAUUAAAAUGAGAAGAAGAAGUUCAAGAAGAAAUGUACCUAAGGUAAAUUAUUCUUACACCGAUAAUGAUUCAAGAAGUUCAAAAAGAAAUGUACCUAAGGUAAAUUAUUCUUACACCGAUAAUGAUUCAAGAAGUUCAAAAAGAAAAGUACCUAAGGUAGAAUAUUCUUACACCGAUAAUGAUCCAGAAUAGCCCUUUUAAUAGUUAAACAUUUUUUGUGCGCAUGCCUCAAAUUUCGCCAUGUUUUUCGGGCACUUCAUACGCGUAUAAGCAGUGUAUACAAUGUUUUCAAUUUAAGUAAAUAAAAAAAAAUUUUAAUUAAUAAUUAAUUAUUAAUAAUCAAUAAAUAUUCAAUUAUUAAAUAUUUAAAUAAUGCUGUGAAGCAAGAAAUCAAUGUACAUGAUGUUAACAGCAAGAAAAGAAACGAAAAAACGUUAUUAUGGAUUAUGUCGCAGUGAUACUCGUAGUAAAUCGUUCUUGGAGAAUUUAUAUUAUUUUAUUUAUUUUCCGAAGCCUUGUUUCGAAUAUCGUCGAAAACUUAUCAAAUCAACAAAACAGAAACAUAUAAAAAUUUGUCCAGAAUGUGCUAAAUAUGAUUUGUGGAUUAAAAUAUGUGGACGAGGUGAUGGUCGAUUCGAAGUCCUUGAUCAUGUAAAUAAAGACACAUACAUUUGUUCACUUCAUUUUGAAGGAGAAAGCGGUCCAACAACAGAAUAUCCUGAUCCCGUCAGUUGUGUAAAUAAAAAACUAAGUAACAAGGUAAGAGUGAUAAGGACUUCUUUGGCCGAGAAAUAUAAACAAAUUAAUGACGAAAGGAAUUAAGGCAUUGAAAAUUCAAACCAUCUUGCAAAAAGCAUAGAUUGUACAACUUUCCAUAAUGUGCUUAUUGAUGAAAGACAAAAUGAUCAAACAACAGCAUUUUCAUUGAAUCAAAAUUUCACUCCUACACCAGAAUUAAACUUGCCAAAUAAAAAUUUUGAAUUUUCAAGAUCUACUGAUGUUGGUGAAAACUUUGUUAGAUUUUAACAUCAGCAGAAAUUCCUACAUUGUCAAAUAUCACAUGCAACCAAGGCGUUCAAACUGAUAUUAAAAAAUUUACUAGUAAAAGGACUCAAGUUAAUCUACGUCAAAGUUCAGAAAAGGAUAAAUUUGAAGAGUCUAUCAAAAAUAAUAUUAAAAAAUACAUAAUAUUUAAAAAUUAAUAUACACCGUAAACUGUAUUAUUUAUAAUUACAUUUAUAAUUCUUUAAUUAAUAAUAUAGAUCAACUUCGUAUUAAUAUAAUUAUUAUCCUAAUCUCUCAAUUAGUUGAGCUCUAUUUCCAACUUGACGACCAUAGCACUUCAACCAUCGUCGUAAUUGAACACAAUUGUGGGCUUCUACUGUGGAAUGCACUAAAGAUGCAUCAUUAAUUAAUUUUUCGUUUAAUUGCACUGGUAAUAAGGGCAACGAUAUUUGUUGUCCAGCCAUGCUUAUAAAAAGUGCCCGAAACUUUCAUAUUGCCACCUUUUCAACAUGGCGGACGUGCUUGCGCUGAACUUAACGGUAAAAGGUCUACUGGACUUAUCGAAUUUACUGAAACGUACACGCAGGAAAAACUGUCAAUGAUCACUACUGUUUGAUUACAAAAGUCAUUAUUGUACAUGCUGCAAAAAUAAUAAGUAACGAGAUGAAGAUAUGACUUAAGUGUCAUAAAUUGUGAAUGUGUGUAAAUAUGAAUUCUCAUCGUUGGAAGAUAUUAUAAAUGAUAACAGCAUAUAAAUGGAAGAUAGACUAUGAAGAACAUCACUGAAGUUCAUGAAAAUUCUACUGAAGAAGUAUUAUCGUGGAAAAAUUUUUAGGAAGCAAAAGUCUUUUUUUUUUUAGUUAUCACAAUAUUUAAUUACUUAUUAUAGCAAUGUGUGUACGUGUGUGUAGAAAAUUUUAAGACUGUUACUUCUAAAUUUAUGUUUACAAUUAAUUAAUAUUAAUUAAUUAAUUAAUUAAUUAAUUGAAGUCAAAAUUGUGUUCGAGUAAUACAAUGUUGUAUUAUAAUAAUUUAUUU